UGUGUGUGUGUGUAUAUGUGUGGUCAUGCGCCCUACAGUUGACUGUGUUUGCUGCAGCCAGUGAUCUCCAACAGGACUUCCACCUCCACUGAACCUCCACUGAACGUGGAUAUCCAUGCGUAAAGAGAGAGAGCGUGUGUGUGUGUGUGUGUGUGUGUGAGAGAGAGAGAGAGACUACUGUUCUCAACUUGACAACUCACUAUUAGUCGGAUUUCAUUUUGUUUGGAUGAGGAAAAGCAGAUGUUGAGACUUAACAGAUGUGGAUCUACAGCGAAUCUCCGUCAAAAACACCUUCAACACUUUCAACCAACGCUGGCACAACCGAGACAGGUGCAAAUAUCGUCAGGAGUGCGGACGCAGAGGAGUCCAGUGACUGAAAACCACCACGAACAGGUGUAGACGUCAUAACAGAGAAGUCGGAGCAUGAUGAAGACUCUCCUCGGCGGCCCCGACGCACACAACCACUCCACCGCGUUCAUCUCCGUCUUCAACUCUAGCUGCCGCUUCGACGAAGAGUUCAAAUACAUCCUGCUGCCUGUGUCGUACAGUCUUGUGUUCGUGGUCGGCUUCGUGCUUAACGCCACGGCUCUGUGGAUCUUCCUAAAGAUGCGUCCGUGGAACCCGAGCACAGUGUUCAUGUUCCACCUCGCCCUGUCCGACUUCCUGUACGUCGUCUCCCUGCCCACGCUCAUCUACUACUACGCCAACCGCAGCCAUUGGCCCUUCGGCGUGGCCGCCUGCAAAAUUGUGCGCUUCCUCUUCUAUGCCAACCUCUACUGCAGCAUCCUCCUCCUCACCUGCAUCAGUUUGCACCGUUACCUGGGCAUCUGCCACCCCAUCAAGGCGCUGACUCUGGUGAAGCCCCGCCACGCGCACCUGGUGUGUGGCAUGGUGUGGUGUGUGGUGACCGUGUGCUUGGUGCCCAACCUCAUCUUUGUCACCACGUCCAGGAGGGACAAUGACACGCUGUGCCACGACACAACAAGCCAGCAGGCCUUUGAGGAGUACGUGGACUACAGCUCUGUCGUCAUGGUGCUCCUCUUUGGUGUCCCGUUCACGGUCAUCGUGGUGUGCUACUACCUGAUGGCGCGGACCCUGUGCCGGCCCCGGCACGGCUUAUCAGCUGGCCGGCAGAGCAGCGCCUCACGCCAGAAGUCCAUCAAGCUCAUCAUUGUGGUGUUGGUGGUGUUCGCCGUGAGCUUCGUGCCAUUUCACAUCACGCGGACUCUGUACUACACCUCGCGCGUGCUACGGCGCGACUGCAGAUACCUGAAUAUUGUCAACUUUACGUACAAAAUCACCAGGCCGCUGGCCAGCGUCAACAGCUGCAUUGACCCCAUCCUAUAUUUCUUAGCUGGGGAUCACUAUCGCUCCAAAAUGAAGUAUGUCCUUACGGGCAGAAAACAGGCGGUGAACAGUCAAACGCCGGAGCAGCCGCAGAGGCAGCUGAACAGUAACCAUGACAUCGCCAUGGUCUACUCUAACACAGUGUGCAGUGUCCUGUGCAGUGCCCACCCUUGCUUCAAGUAA